CGCUUUUCUCUUCAGAUGGCCUCAAAGCCUCGUCAAGAAAAGCGAGAAGAAUUUGCCGAGGAAGCUCAAGAGUUUCACGUAUGGUCGAACCGACAUUUGAAACUCCGUAACGAAAGAUGCCCGCGAAAGGUGGAGGUCUAGGACUCUACAGGAGGAUUCCGCUGCUAAAGGUAAGGACGGGGCUCGGGAACCGGGAACGAGAGUUUCCUUCCUUCUUGGGGGAGAGGGAAUCGGAAUGGCCGAUCUAUGAGUCGGUCUGCCUGUCUGUCUGUCUGUCUGGGGGACCAGCAGAUUCAGGAGACGAGUGUUAUCGUUCGUUCGUUCGUUGGACAGGAGAGGAAUGAUGAUUGGCAGGCGAGCAAGAGGCGAAAAAUAGAUUAGCGCAGCGCUGUGCUCCUGUGGUGAAAUCCGAGACGGGACGAGCCGAUUUUGUCCGCACGCUCGCCCGCCUGGCGCGUGUGGCGAGGAGGGCAGCGCAGCGCGGAGCAAACCCAACCAGCUAGCGAAGCGAGGGCCGAUGCUGAUGCUGAGAACGUUGAAUGUGGUGAUUGGUGAGUGAGCAUCGAGGUAAGAGCCUGCAGUGCUACGGGAGCGCGGAGCGAGCGAGCGAGCGAGCGUCCGGGAGAUUCAAGAAGGGGAUGCAGGGCGGCGGUCUUUUGUCAUUGUCAAGCUAGGCCGAAGGUAAGCCGCGCGCGCAGCAGAGGAAUAAUCCUCUCGUGGUGGCGAGGGUGGAUCCGGGAGACCGAUGGAGUGGAGGGGCAGAUGCCGUGAUGGUUAGAAGGGAAGGACUCGCCGGAAUAAUCCAUGUUGGCCCCGGGGGAGGAGGAGAGGAGAAAUGGAUCUAGAGUGGACGAGCUCUGGGAUUGUGGAUUUGUGGUGCGGAAGUCGUCUGCACGGCACUAGUGUUCUCCCAUCCGCCUUCGCCAACAGCCUAGCUUGUCGAGAUCCUCCUACACUUGCGAGUGUUGGAGAAAAUCGGUUUUGAGGUCUGUCCGAGAGACUCAAAUCGGACGAUGAAGGAGUUGCGUUCCUUAUGCCUGAUAUUUGUUAUCAUGCCGUCGAAUUCGUUUGACAUCAUGGAUCGUAAAGCAGGUUAAGAAUGAAGAUUCAGAGGAAAGCGAGAUAGUUCGCCUGAAGAAUUCUGGCCUGUAUCACUGGGGAGGGAGGAAGAAAGAGAAUGAAAAUAAGGACCGCCGACUGGGUGUGAAAGGAGUGAGUUGAGUUGACCGGGCAAAUUUACAAGGCUGACUACGCAGUAGUAGUCUGUCCCGUUGCCCGGCCCAAUGGAAGCUGAGCGAGAGGAAGGAGGGGGGCGAUGGACCUCUUUCACCCCUCACGAGCAUGAUCUGCGAACGCAGAAAAAUGCUCGAGACUAUGAAUCUUAUUCUGAUUCAAGACCAACGAAACCUCCGAGGCCACCUGGACAAGCGGUGGAUGGAAGUCAACCGAGAGGCCCAAAUGUGAAGACGCUAAUCGCGAAUCAGCAAGCUGCCGGCCGCCGAAAGGGAAAGUCCACCGCAGUAGCCCAUCAUGUCAUUCGGAAAGAGGGUCCUAAUUGGGUUCUUCUUGCCGGCGGUGCUAUUGUCACAGCUAUUGGAGUGAUGAUUGUAAGGAAACGAAGACCCCCUUCUUGUGAGGAGAAGAUAAUUGAGAAGGCAGUUCCGACCCCUGGAAAAGGUCUAUCUUUCGCUACUACCCGGCGAGAGUCAACGGGAAGUCGAACGAGCGAACCAUCAACAGAUAGUCCCUUCUCUGGAGACGCCUACAUGAUAACGCACAAUGUGGCACGGUCUCAGAGCGAUGGAAGUAGAGUCGGAAGUGAGUGGGGAGACGAUGAUUGCAUCCCACCAUCACCUGAUUGUAACCCCCCUUCCCCUCCUGGCCAAUAUGAGUACAACUAUCAGCAUACUCAAUUUUCCAAAGGAUCCAAUCACUCUGGCCGGACUGUCAUCACACCAACUUCGCCGCCAGGAAGCUACAGAGAAACUUCUGCAACGGAAGGAAACGACUUGCCUCUGUCCCCAGUUAGUAGGUCAGGAUACUCAGCUAGACGAGAUAUGGUACACCGAUUACGGCAGCAGCUGAAGAGUAGGGAUGAGACAAUCCACGAUAUGGUAGCUCAGAUACAGGAUCAGGACCGUACCAUUAGCCUUCAUCAGGCUCACUGUAGAGAGUUGGAAGGACGGCUUGACAUUGCGACUAGGACCUUAUUCGACUCGGAACGCGAAAUUCAGAGACUAAGAAAAGCUGUAGCUGAUUAUUUGAGGGGUCAUGAUCCUGGUUCUGGGGAUUGGGAUCUACCACCCAUGCCGGAUGUGGACUCAAAUGAGGACGACAAUGAUUAUCCGGAAACUACCAUUGACGUAUUUCUUUCCGACCAUCACGAGUCCGAGCAAGAUGUGAAGGCGUUGAUUAUGGAGGUGAAGAGGUUGACAGAAGAGCUGAAGUCAGAACAAAACCAGAAGCGAGAGUUAGAAAGGAUAGCAAAUGAGAAGUUGAUGGAGCAUGAAAUUCUCAAGGAGAGAGUAGAGCAACUAGAGGAGGAGUUAGAAGAAGCCAAUAGAAAGGUAUUUGAGAAAGACCUUUUAUUAGAAGCUUUUGAAAUUCACCAAGAUUAUCAAGCUGAUGCGGUCGAUGUCAUGAAGCGCAAAUUGGAGGGGAAUCAGACACCUUCACUGAUUGGCAGGCAAAGCUUGUCAGGAGGUCACGGUAGUAUUUACUCCAAGCAGACUUCGAAAGGCAAGAGAGAGGAAACUGUUACCAGCAAGGCGGAUACCGCCAAGUUCCCUGCAGGGACCGUUGUGAGGAGUAACUCUGUUCUCUUUGAAAAAAAUUCCGAUCAAUCUCCCUCGAAAUGUAGCAGCGGAAAAGGUUGGUUGAAAACGGAUGAAAGUUCAAGCCCCGGAGACGCAUCUGAAGACAGCGAUGUUGAAAUCGCCAAUCCUGCCGUGGGACACAAGCUGUUCUUGAAGUUGCAGGAAGAAGUGGAAAGUCUUUCUGUAGCUCUUGCUGAGCAUUCUCAAAUGAUAGCGGAAAAACGCAUGGAGACAAGCCGCCUGGUGGAUGAGUUACAGAGGCACAAUGCCGUCAUUAAUGAUCUGCAGAUGAAACUGGAGGAGAGUGGAGAGGAAAAGUCUGAAGUGGACGAACAGGACUGGGAAAAGCUUUCGGGACUUCUUUCAUUUUCCAAUGGUGGUACCUCUGCCGCUCAGGUCCAGGAGUUGAGUCACAAGUUGGAACAGAUAGCGACGCAGCAGCGUGUUGAGGAGGAAAUGGCAGAGUUGGCGAAGCACCAAGUGAAAAUUCGAGAGCUGAAGGAUCGAGUCGAGAAACUGUUGACCAAAUUCAAGAACAUGCAAGACGAAAGUGCUGGUGGCGACGCCGAAACCCAUGAACAAGCCACUCACAUGAUCGCCAUGGGUUUGGAGUUAUCGAAAACGCUUCGUCUCCAGGAGGAACAAGCGAAGAAAACAUCUAAGGAGGUUGCGCGCCUCUCUGCCAAUUUCAAACUCUCUUCUCCUUACGUUCCAAGAUCGGAGAAGGACGCCCUGCGAAAGAAAUUACAAGGAAGUAGUUCCGAGUCCUUGUCUCCCGGCAUGGAAACUGGUUCACUUGUACCCAUCAACCUGUCGAACCUGUUGUCAAAUAUGAAAGCAAGGUUUUCAACUGGGAGUGAAGAGAAGCCAAAAGAAAGUGGUGAUACCUUGUUUGACCGCACAAUCUCUGUUGCCUCUGCAGAGCUAAAUAGGCCUCAGAGUGAAGGAGGUCUACCUUCACAGGUGCAAGAGCAAUAUGUGUAUAGACCAGGUGUUUCAGGACCCUCGAACCGGAAGUCAAGAAGGGGCUUUCCCAUUGGUUCAGGGUCAGGAAAGGAACCAGUUGUUGGAGGGAAGAGAAGGGCUUCAAGAAGUAACAAGAAAGGGUCAUCAAGCGAAGAAAAGGAUGUGGUCAUAAGCGACUCAAAUAAAUGGACCAACAAGCCAAGAUUCCAACUUGCGUCUGCCGAUGCUAACCGACUUCUUUUUCAUACAUACACUGAAUCAAACAUACGUCAAAAGCUGUUUGAUACAGAUCAAGAUGUUUCAUCCCCAGACUUUCGAAGAUCUGACUUCCGGGACUGGUUGAAGGAGCAGGGAGCUGAGUCCUCAGCUCCGGAAGCUGAAAAUAUGCAAGUAGAUGAUAUUCAACUUGAUCGGCGAGAUAGCCCCAAGAGCCGCAGACAGUCUACGUGUAGUUUUUACAGUGUUGAGGAUUCAUCUAUGAUGAGGAUGGGGAACUCGACAAUUGAAGAGGGUCAUGACUCGAGAACGGAGACUAGUAUGGAAAGUACGAAAGGCAGUUUUGGAAGGUUCAUCUUCGAUAUGGAGAAAGGAAAUGAGGUGUACGUAAUAAAUCCUGAUGAAGGUGUUCAAGAUGGGAUCCAAGAAAAUGAGGGAGCAUCUGUCGCGCCUGUUACAGAGCUCAUGUCUAAUCUCGAGCUAAAACCAGCUUCCUCGGACACUUCAGCUCAGGAGGAGUGUUCAUUUGGGAGCAGUAUUUCGGGACUGUCUACGGAGGUUUUAAAGGCUUUAAGGGAAAACCCUGAGGGUGGCCGAGACUAAGAUGAACUCAGGUUGAUGGGAUGAGCUCAAACAGAGCUUGAAAUAUACCUGGAUCAGGGAGGAAAAGUAACUUUGUACAGUGCUGGGACUGCCCUCGGUGAUCUGUCUGGUGCGAAAUUUGUUAAAAAGUUUUCUAGACGAGAAAGCUGGUGUCACGUUGUACAGGUUCAAACCAGCUAGAAGGUAGCGUCCCGUUGGCUCUCUCAAUCAUGCGCACUACCUCAAGUGCACAAACCUUCGCUGUCAGCCUCAUCUUCGGAAACUCUGUGUUAGUACCAAAACAUGAGAACCGGCAAAGCUGUGUUCUCAUCACUUUUUGCUAGUCAGUUGCGGCCUGCCUUGUUCCUUACCAGCGAGAUAGAUCUCUCAUCUGGUUAAUUUCUCCUAGUCUAGCAUUUCUAGGACGGACUUCUGUGAAUACAAGAGGUUUAGUGUGUCGAUUGUUGGAGAGGGAGUAGCUCUGAAGUUUAGGUUGUUUACAUCAAAUCAGUAGCAAGCAACUGUAAGAUGUUAUUGAAGAGAAGCACAGAACAGUUGCUGGAUAGAAGGAAGAUGUCAUCUGUGUAUAUACAAAAGUUGUUUCUUCUUUUAAUUGAAACAACAGAUAAUGAAGCAGGUACUACCGCCCUUGGCAGUCGCCGUAAUCAUUGCCUCC